UUCGAUAUUGCUUAUGAAGGUGUGCGCAGUUUAUGCGAUAUGGGUGUAAUAAAAACAAAAAAAGAAAAGGAACUCAGUCCAGAACAAAUUAUGAACAACAUAUCAGAAUUGAAAUCAAAUCUUUCAAUCUCUCCUUCAUUACUUCAUAAAGAAUUAUAUAAAAACCUAAAGAAAGUGUCUUACCAUGAUCUAAUAUGGAAGGAUUAUCUUGCUAACAAAAUAAUUAGCGAUGAUUCUAAAGUCGUAAAAAAUUUAACUGAUAAUUAUGAUACAUUUAUGGAACCUAAGCAUCAAAUGCUCCCUCCCACAUUGCCUUUUAUUCAAGGAAUAUGUGAUAGAUUUGUGUCGAGGUUUACUGAACCUCAGGAAUAUUAUCCGGCAAUAUUAAUGCAUGAUAAGACUUGGAAAGAAUCAGAUGAUAUUCUUUCAGGAAUUGCAGAAGAAGUUCUUAAAGUCUUAGAUGAAUCUUGGAAGAAUCUGGCUUUUUCUUCCGAACUUUGGUCAUCACAAAAUGAAGGGACAUAUGUAACGCAUGUAAUAGCGCCUUCAAUUCGAGCUGUAUUAAAAAAUCUUCCCUUCGAAAAAACUUCAUAUAUUAGUAUGGCGGAGAAGCAGAGUGUUGCUAAAGAGGUUUCAUAUGAACUCGUAUAUGCUGAAUUCUCACGUUUAGUAUGUGCCAAGCAAAAGAAAGAAAAGGAUGAUAUCAAACUCUGGCGAGAAACCAAUGAUGGAAUGGAUUGGGUUCGCAAUAAAUGUAAACCGGCCAAAG